AACACAAGAGUUAAGUUAUUACCUGCCAAGUAGCCUUUGCAUCCAUCCUAGCUAGAGCUCUAAGAAAAGGACAGAUUAGGUUAAAAUGGGCAAAGAGGUGGACGUGUCUGCCCUCGAGGCCGGCGGCGCCCGGGACUACUCCGACCCUCCACCGGCGCCUCUUGUGGACGUCGAUGAGCUGGGCAGGUGGUCUCUGUACCGCGCGGUGAUCGCGGAGUUCGUGGCCACGCUGCUCUUCCUCUACAUCACGGUGUCCACCGUCAUCGGGUACAAGCACCAGACGGACGCGUCGGCCUCGGGCCCCGACGCGGCGUGCGGCGGGGUGGGCGUCCUCGGCAUCGCGUGGGCGUUCGGGGGCAUGAUCUUCGUCCUCGUCUACUGCACCGCCGGCAUCUCCGGCGGCCACAUCAACCCGGCCGUGACGUUCGGCCUCUUCCUGGCGCGCAGGGUGUCCCUGGUGCGCGCGCUGCUCUACAUGGCCGCGCAGUGCCUCGGCGCCGUCUGUGGCGUCGGGCUCGUCAGGGGGUUCCAGAGCGGGCUCUACGCGCGCCACGGCGGCGGCGCGAACGAGGUCGGGGCCGGGUACUCGGUCGGCACGGGGCUCGCCGCGGAGAUCGUCGGUACCUUCGUGCUCGUCUACACCGUCUUCUCCGCCACCGACUCCAAGCGCAACGCUCGUGACUCCCACGUCCCGAUGUUGGCGCCGCUGCCGAUCGGGUUCGCGGUGUUCAUGGUGCACCUGGCCACCAUCCCGAUCACCGGGACGGGGAUCAACCCGGCGAGGAGCCUCGGUGCCGCCGUCAUCUACAACGGCGACAAGGCCUGGAGCGAUCAGUGGAUCUUCUGGGUGGGGCCGUUCAUCGGCGCGGCGAUCGCAGCGCUCUACCACCAGACCAUCCUCCGCGCGAGCGCCAGGGGCUAUGGCUCCUUCCGGAGCAACGCCUAGCUAGCUCGCCCAGCCAUCCGCACCAAAACUUGGCCUCUUUCUCCUUGGGAGUAGUAAUAUUUUCAGUCCACUGUGAAGUCUGCAGUGUGCCGGACCAGCCAAAGUGAAGUGUCCGUGUGUGUUUGUGCGCCAGGUUGAAGCAGUUGUAACCUGGCAUGUCUACAUUUUGGUUCAAGGUACCAAUCAAUAAAUUCAGAUGAAGAAUCCAAGUGAUGAGAAAGACAAAUUCAGUUGUUU